UGGCUGUGACCUGGCUCAAGGAGGCUUCUUCAUAAAGAACGGAGAAUACCUCUGCACCCUGGAUUACCAGCGGAUGUAUGGAACGCGUUGUAAUGGCUGUGGGGAAUUCGUGGAGGGAGAGGUGGUGACCGCUCUCGGGAAGACCUACCACCCUAACUGCUUUGCUUGUACGGUCUGCAAACGCCCAUUUCCACCUGGAGACCGAGUUACCUUCAAUGGAAGGGACUGUCUUUGUCAACUCUGUGCUCAGCCAAUGUCUUCCAGCCAUAAGGAGGUCUCAAGCUCCAGCAAUUGUGCUGGCUGUGGCAGAGACAUAAAGAAUGGGCAGGCACUGCUGGCUCUGGAUAAGCAAUGGCACCUGGGGUGCUUUAAGUGCAAAUCCUGCGGAAAAGUCCUCACCGGGGAAUACAUCAGCAAGGAUGGAGCUCCUUACUGUGAAAAGGACUAUCAAGGGCUCUUUGGUGUCAAAUGUGAAGCUUGUCACCAGUUCAUCACGGGGAAAGUUUUAGAGGCUGGUGAUAAACACUACCAUCCAAGCUGUGCGCGAUGCAGCAGGUGCAACCAAAUGUUCACAGAAGGAGAGGAAAUGUAUCUUCAAGGUUCUACCGUUUGGCAUCCCGACUGUAAGCAGUCUACUAAGACUGAGGAGAAACUCCGGCCAACCAGGACAUCCUCUGAAAGUAUUUAUUCCAGACCAGGGUCAAGCAUCCCUGGAUCUCCAGGUCAUACUAUCUAUGCAAAAGUUGACAAUGAGAUCCUAGAUUACAAGGAUUUAGCAGCCAUUCCCAAGGUGAAGGCAAUUUAUGACAUUGAACGUCCAGACCUUAUUACCUAUGAGCCAUUCUACUCUUCAGGCUAUGAGGACAAACAGGAGAGACAGAGCCUUGGAGAGUCUCCAAGGACUCUGUCUCCCACGCCAUCUGCAGAAGGAUACCAGGAUGUUCGGGAUCGAAUGAUCCAUCGAUCAACUAGUCAGGGCUCCAUUAACUCUCCUGUGUACAGCCGUCAUAGUUACACCCCAACAAUGUCACGUUCUCCACAGCAUUUCCACAGACCUGAGCUGCUGUCUCCUGGUGUGCAAAGGUUGUCAUACUUGCGCACUAGCAGUCUCAGCUCCACCCACAAUGACUCCCGCCCCAACUCCCCAUUCCGACACCACUUCAUUCCCCAUAUCAAAGGCAAUGAGCCAUCCAGCGGCCGGAACUCCCCUCUCCCUUAUCGGCCAGACAGCCGCCCUCUAACUCCAACUUACGCUCAGGCCCCUAAACAUUUCCAUGUUCCAGAUCAAGGGAUCAACAUAUACCGAAAACCACCCAUCUACAAACAACAUGAUCCAGCUGCCUUGGCAGCACAGAGCAAGUCUUCAGAGGAUAUCAUCAAGUCCUCCAAGUUCCCAGCAGCCCAUGCUCCAGACCCCAACGAGAUACCAAAGAUUGAGACGGACCACUGGCCAGGUCCUCCCUCACUUGCUGCCGUAGGAACGGAUAUGAGGCGCAGAUCCAGUGGCCGAGAAGAAGAUGAGGAGGAGCUUCAGAGACGUCGGCAACUUCAAGAAGAGCAGCUGCUGAAGCUUAACUCAGGUCUGGGGCAAUUGAUACUGAAGGAAGAAAUGGAAAAGGAGACCCGGGAAAGGACUUCCCUUUCAGCCAGUCGCUAUGAUUCACCACUUAAUUCAUCUCCACAUGCUUCAUCUAAAACCUCCUCCCUCCCUGGUUAUGGAAGAAAUGGUCUUCAUCGGCCGGUUUCUACAGAUUUUGCCCAAUACAAUAGCUAUGGUGAUGUGAGUGGUGGGAUUCGAGAUUUCCAGACCCUCCCUGAUGGCCAUGUACCUGGAAUGCGAAUGGACAGGGGAGUGUCCAUGCCUAACAUGUUGGAGCCAAAGAUUUUCCCAUAUGAAAUGCUCAUGGUGACCAACAGAGGGCGGAAUAAAAUACUAAGAGAUGUAGACCGAACCAGACUUGAGCGCCACUUGGCACCUGAAGUGUUUCGAGAAAUAUUUGGAAUGUCAAUACAGGAAUUUGACAAGUUACCUCUUUGGAGACGCAACGACAUGAAGAAAAAAGCAAAACUCUUCUAAAUCACAUCUGCCCACCAAUUUGAAAAGUUAAUGAGGAUGCUGCAUAGGAUGUAGUAUUAUACAAUGGCUAUGUUUGAUUGGAGAACUUAACAAACUACUUCUCCACAGCAACAACAAAAAGGGAAAAAUCUGAUUGAGGCACCCGUGAUCUAAGCAUUGGCCCACCAACAGCAACACUUGCCAAGAAGCAAUGGGGUGGAACUUUAUAGGUUCCAAAACUUGACAGUAGUUUUCAUGUAUGACCUUUUUACAUUAUCUUCUGUACAUGAUUUGAGCCACUUUCUUAUUUUAUUUCCCUUUAACUGUUGUCCAAAAAUACAACAGACUGUAUUGGUCAAGCCAGGAAGUGCCCUUAAGAUGCUGAAUGGGGAAAAAAAGUAGUUAUAAUAACUCCAAAAAAUGACUAUCUAUAUUAAGUACUGUGGUGAAGAAGAAGAAAAACCUGUGUAACAUAUCCAUAUGGUAACAUUAGUCACAUUGCACAAAUGUUUCAUAAUUGGCCUCAUUUAAAACUGCCCAUGUAGCUGUAGUAGAAAUCAAAGAGGCAAGCACCUCAGUAAACUACUCCAUUGGGCUGCUUACCAGUGGAAUGAUCUUAAAUGUGUUCCUCACUCUCUGCUGCACACAUUUGCUAGGAUGUGGUUGGUGAAUUUCUGUGCUUUUGUAAACAGUAUUUCCCUCUCCUCUUUUUUUUUUUUUUUUUUUUUUUUGCUUCUGAUAACUUGGCUUAAGCUUAACCUACCCAGCAAAGGCAAGUAGCAAACCUGAACCUAGCUUACAAAAAGGGAGGAGGGAAAGCUCUCCUUAAGAUUAACCUGGGUUAUAUGCUCUUUGGGGAGCCAUGCCACCAUUUCCCCAGAAAGCACACCAUGUUAUGGAAAAUAACAUUUUAUGUUCCUCUGCCAGUGCAAAUGUGCUAGUCUGGCAUCUUCCAUAUAGUAUGUGACACAUUACGCAUCACAUCAAGCUGAAGGUCAUUUCAACCAUAGGCUAGGAAGGAUAUAGUUUCUCUCUUUCAUCCUUGUAGUUGCAAAGCAGAGAGUUUUGAAUUAUUCAAGUUGAAGGUGAGAAAGAAGAAGUUGGCUUUCCUUUGUGCCUCACACUGUCGACCUCAUGGCUUGAGGACAGAAAUUACUGAACAGAAUUUUUCAAUCAUGUGCUUCAAAAAUCUCAUUACUGCAUGAACGUUCUAGUUUUUGAAGGAUAUCUCAGUGAAAUAUACAGGGGGUGAGUCAUUUCUGAGGAAGGAUGAGUUUAUUAUACUCCACUCUUCUGUCCCCUGGUGAAAAGCAAGAUGGGAUAUGGAGCCUUUUUAACCUAAUCUUGGCACAUGGAAGCCACUGUAUAAUGAUGCACUGAUAUAAUUACCUAUCUCUUGCUUUGAGUGACACCUGAAUUCUGGCUACAGAGCAAAGAAUUUAGAUAACUUUAUAACUUGACAGAUCAAACCAUUCUCCCUUGAUGUUCAAAGUCUUGUAACAGGAGAUUAUCUAUAUAUAAUAUGUAUAUUUCCUAAAAUGGGAAUCCAGGGAUCCCUUUGAAACUGAAAUGGAGCCCAGUCAGACUACCUGAUCACCUUAGAUCACCUCACACUGAACAAGAGCCAUUCAGAUUUGGCUCAUUGCCACUGGGCUUCACUGAAACCACUGGUGCAGGAAUCAAAACAUAAUUUUGAAGAUCCCUAUAGAAGCCAAAGGAGAAAGCUUUUGAAUUGAUCUGCAAGAGUACCAUUUUUGGCAAGAGAUUGGAGAUUCUACUCUUGACACCAUUGUUGGAAAUAAUAUUGGUUGUCUGUCAAGCAGCCUAUGGUGGAAACAAAUAGAUUUGUUUUCCAAAUGGGCACUGUUUGUAAGGAUACAAUGGGAAAUGCUAUGUGGGUACAACACACUUAUAUGUACUAGGUGCUACACUAGGAAGUAGAAUCCAUGUAUAGUGGUCUUUUUUAUUUACUAAUCUAGUUGAAGCCAUCUAAUUUUAUUGUACCUUCAGAACCAUGGAGUGAAUGUUCAAGGACUGUACUUGCAUAUGUGUGUCUAUAUAUGUAUCUAUGUAUAUCUUAGAUCUACUAAAUCACUUAAACUGCUCUUGUGCUAGUCAUACUGUAUUGUUUUGUGUUUUGUUUUGUUUUGUUUUGUUUUUUUAAAUGAAAACUGCUGCCUUCAUUUUUGUCCUGUGAGGCAUUCAAUGCUUCAUUACCUACUGUGGUGAGAGCAUUUAUUGCUGUUCUAUAAUCUCUCUGAACUCUCCUAUGGCUGCAAUCCUUGCCAAAAUCCUUUUUCCUAUUUUUCUGUCUUGUGAUCUUCUCUGGCAAAGCAAGCCAUCCAGUGUUUUGUGCCCUUUCAUAGUUCUACAAGGCUUGUUUUAAUAGGAGGGAUGUAUUCCCAGAGUUUAGCCACCAAAUAAAUGAGAAAACCUACUUGAGUAAAAUUCCAAUCCUUUGGCUCUCAAAUUGUUUUUCAUCUAAUGGAAAAAAAUAGUUACUUUCAAUAACUUUAUAGUCUUAUCAAUUAUAACAUAAAAAUGUACUUGCAAACCAGUUAAUUGUACAUUUUUAAAAAAAGAAAAAUUAAGGUGCUUGGAAACUGUGCAAGCACAGUUAAGUAAUUUGACCCCAAACCUCAUUCUUUAGGCCAUGUAGGUGAGAUGGUAUAGAAUCACAAAAUGUGAAAGUUAGAAUGGACCUUAAAUAACAUCUAACCCAGGUUUUUCAUUGUAUAGAUUAGAAACUGAGACCCCUGAAAGGUUACAAGGCUCAUCCAGUAUCACACAACUUUUGGUGAAAGAACUAAUACAAAAACACAAGUCAUCUCAGACCUCCUGAACUUUCUUCUGAAUGAUACUGCCAUUAUAUGGUGUUUUAUUUUAGGUAGACCCUACAUGCAGACCUACAAAAAUCAUUUUUUCAUCUCAUUCAUUUGCUAUUUAUAAUGUUGACUAGAGCAAAAGACACCUUCCUCCAUCACAUACAUAUGCACAUGUGCACAUGCAUGCGCGUGCAUUCCCCCCUCCCCCCCAAAAUUAUCUGCCAAAGAACUCAAUAGCCUCCUAUCUAUAGGCAAGGCUGCCCUUUGACUUAGAGAGUGAAAGACUUAGAAACCCUCAUGAUAAUAAAAUGCAUAUUAGGCUAGGGAUAUAGUAAAAUUACUAUAGAAUGGGGAAUGGAGCCAGUCUAGUUUAUGCAACUGCCAAAUCAUACAUGUGGACUUGUCAGUUUCAUUAAAAAUCAGUCUAGCAUGCACACCUUCAAGACACCCAGGCCACAAUACAGAAUGCAGCUGGGCCCUGUUAAAAGCAAACCCUGGAUUGUCUAUGACACUAUAUAAUAUUUUAAAUUAGAGGUAAAUAUCCACUUUACAAAAAAAAAAAGUUUGACAUUAGUUGCAUUUAAUUGUCAACUUUUCUUGAUUCAUUUUCAAAAUAUUCUUAGAUUUAUGAUCAUCUGAUCAACAUAUGCCUUUUCAGGACUGCAUCUAUUAUGCAAAGUGAGGUGUGCUUUAGAAGUAAAUCAGUAACUAAAUUAAUUGUAUGGUUCCUUUAAAUGUACUUAACAAGGUUCAAAAUAAGACUUAGUCUUCCUUACCAAUUGUGUCCUUUCAAACAGAUUACAGUGAUUUGAAGAGUAUUGGAAGACUGCAGCAAUAUAUCUGUUUGGGUUUUUUUAGCUUGGGACUAGUUAUGAAGUGCUCUUAAUAUUUUCUUCUGCAAUGAGCUCUGUUGAAUCACCUCUUCCUCCAAGAAUCAAAGAAACAGUGCUGAAAUUAGCAAGUUAAUAAGGUGUAAGAAGUAAUUCUGUGUCCUUAAUGUUCCCUGGUCACCUUCACUCAGAAGACUGUACACUUCCAAUUGAUAUUUUUCUGAUAUAGAAGCUGUGGCCAUUCUCUUGUGACUGCUCUCACCCCUUAGGCUGGUGAGGUCAGUUAUCUUGACCAGCAAUUUAUGGUAGGUUGGCUGGUAAUGUUUAAAAAAUCUUAAUCCUAUUUCAUGACACUUUGAAGCAAAUACUUUUUCUAAAGAAUUGCUUCUCUUGGAUACAGUUAAGCUUUUGCAAGUUUGAAAAAUUCAAGUCACUUUUGAUUAGAUAAUCUUUCUAAAACCUGUUUGAGACAACACCUUAGUACCAUUUAAAACAGGAGAAUGGCAGGCAACUCUUCCAGGCUGUAUGCUUUUGUACACAUUUUUCUUAUCAGCAAGAAGGAUGCUGAAAGGAAAAUGAGUCUCAUGUCACCAACUUAUCUGUGCCCUUUGUGGGAAAUAUGUCUGGAGCAAAUCCAGUUUUUACAAAUCACCUACUUUCUCCCAUCACUACCUGUUUGCUCUGUACUCAAUUGCUUUUGCUGUGUAUUUGAUGCCUGGAUAUUGCCUUUGCUCUCUGUUUCUUCCCAUACGUUAAGAGAAAAACCCACAAUGUAGUUCUUUCUGUGGAAAUGGACAUUUUAUUUUUAAGAACCAGAUGCUUCUUACUGCUGUGAAACUAUCAGUGUUCCCUUACAAAAACAUUUCUAAUAUAGUAAUAAAAUAGUUUUUAUUAUUUCUAAUACAGAAAAAAAAAUAUUUUGGUCACAGUAAUUCUGCCCACAAUAAAAGCUACUGAAUAUCUUAUAAUGAAAGAAAGAUCAUUUGAGGAGGAGAUGAGACAAAAGCAAUCAUUACCUUUUCUGAUGUUAUCAAGGAGGCAAUGGGUAGAACCAAGAAUCAUUCUUUGCUGUAGUUUGAUUUUUAACUUGUCCCAGUUUGAUUUAUGAUUAAACUCAGCAAACAGAUUUAGAUAGAAACAGUCUCUGAAAUAACUGAUAUAUGUGCAGUUCUAAAUUGAACUCAAAUGCUUAUUUUAAGACACUUCGGGUCUUUGGGUGAUGAUGGUUAUCCCUAACAUAUGUCUUCCCAAACUAUUAAUGAGCUGUGCUUAUUUGUUUUAAAAGCCAACAUCAAAAAUGACUGCAAUCCCUCUAAUCAUUUACAAUUAUUAUUUAGCUCCAGGAAAUAAGACAAAACGAUAUACUUAAACAUUGUUCUAUCCAUAGAAAUGAAUUUGUUAUUCUUAACCUAAUUGUCCAGUAACAUGUGUGAUUUCUGUGAGUUGCUGACAAAUCUGUGCAUGAGAGCCCUUAAAGUCACUUCUACUUUGGUUUUCUUUAAAAAAAAAAAAAAAAGAUUAAAGGAAUUUUUCUUCCCAUUCCCCCUUCUUACUUCCAAAAAUAUCCAAACAAGUAUUUGGAAGGUUUCCUUUUGGAAAAGAAAAAAGAAAGAAAGAAAUGUGUAUUGUGUCUCCUGUGAAAGUGAAUUGUCUGUCUGCCCCCUGAGUACUCAAUGCUAGUAUGCAGAGUGAAGAGUCGGCCUGCCAUUCUCUGGGUUGCUGUUCUGUACAAUUUACGGAUCUCCACUUUUCCUAUUGCAAGCAACACAUAUUGCACUCCUAUGCCACUGUAAUCUGCAUCACUGUUGUACUCAGAACAAGUCAAUGAAUAAAGGUUUGUGCUUUAUUCUUAAA